AGCAGACAGCUGACUGCACGAGACAUGAAAACAUCAACAACUUUAUCUGCAACUUUUCGGCCGUUGUUUGACAGAUCCGGUAGGUGAAACUUGUUGUAAAGUAACUUGAUGUCGGUAACGGUGUGUUAGGCUCCUCAGUCGGCGGCACAAACAGUUUAACUCUCUGAAAACACAAACUAACCGCGUUAAUCAGCUAGUUGAGGUUGAUAACUGAGCUAGCAUGCUAACUAAGCUGCUAGUUUAGUGAGUCGUGUCGGUGACGUCAGCUUUAUUAUCACGAUGGGAACAACGUGAAAGUUAACUGGUAACCAGUUUACCGCCGUCCGCUCGGGUCGACAACUUCACGCCAAGUUUUCCACGAUCAUGUCCGCGGAGCGAGCCUCUGUGCCGGCCGGGGGGAACGGCCUGCUCCGGGGGAGCCGCACCAGGUCUUACGGCAGUCUGGUCCGGUCCCCGCUCUCUCCGGUUCACCAGAGACGGAUUGAACACAAGAUCCAGCCCGGAGAGACUCUGCAAGGCCUGGCCCUCAAAUAUGGAGUCACUAUGGAACAAAUCAAAAGAGCAAACAGGCUGUACACCAACGACUCAAUAUUCCUGAAGAAGUCCCUGUGGAUCCCCGUGCUGUCAGACGCGCAGCGCUGCAGUAACGGGGGGGAUGUAGCUGAGCAGGACAGUGAAGAAGACGGCGCCAGCUUUGAAUCUGCUCAGAAUGGGCGGUCAGGGAGCGACGACAGAAACAGGGACCUCACUCCAGAGGACUUUCUGAAAAGGCUGGACGGCCUGAUCAGUCAGUCCAAGCAGGCUGCUGUCAGAGGAUGCCAAGAGGCAGAGAAAAGGGUUGCGGCCCUCGAAGCAGCUUGCAGCAGCAGGAUGUCAGACUGGCGGCCGCUCACAAGGUCGCAGAGCGCCGUGUUAUCUUCCAGAGCGCAGCAGCAGGCGUCACAUGUGGUCGUACCUCUCACUGUCACCAAACUCACCAAACUGAGAGACCGGGAGGAUGAGAUCUUCCAGCUGUGACGGGUCGUUGCUGCUGUCUCACUCUGAUCAUUAAAGGAACUUUCCCCAGAAAGCCGCGCGGCAGGUUUGACCUCCAGGAUAAGAAACAGAGCAUCGGAGAUAAAGAGCGAGCUCUCCACUGAUCCGCCUGCCGCUGUGUGGUGUGGCACUUAAAAUACUGCCAUUUGAUGCAGACCUUGUAGUCUUUUUACAGGUUUUUAAAUGAAUAUUGCACUUAGUGAAUUAUUUAUUUGUUGAGACACUGUAGAUCAUGAAACGCUUCAUGUGACCCAAAAGCUGUUUGUUUUUACGAGCAGGAAACAAAAGCGUGAAAUGUUACAGAUGAGAAUCUGCGGACACAGUCGGUUUAGUCAUGUGACUCUUCAUAUGGUCGAAUCAGCACGCGGUUCGUGUGUGAUGCUACCUCACGGCAAGUUUUCUGACUAACACCUUUAGCUACGGCGAGUAUAUGAUUCAUGUUCACUGUAACAUUGUGGACCAAUAGGCAACGACGUCAUGACGCAAUGCAUUCUGGGAACACGUUAGGGCACACCUCACCAAUACAUCCAUCCUCACCAGCCUCACCAGAAAUCCAGUAUGGUUUGUGGCGGUAUGCACCAAAAAGUUAUAACUACAAAUUUGCCAAAAACUGCAUUAAAGAAGUCUAAAGAGCCAGUGCAACAUAUUCUGCCGAGAGAGGCUGAAGAAGGAAGCAAAGGAGCGUUACUUAAAAAAAUAAAGCAAUUAAACGGCCUCAAUACGUAUGAACACAAGGAGCGCUCAGGUUAUUUUAACAACCUGCCAGAUGUAACUUUUCCGAAAGUGUUGUUUACUUUUUGUGGAGUGAGCGUCUACAAUUUGGAGCAGUUCAGGAAUCAUAAAAGUUAAUUAACUUACUCGCCACACACAUAAAUAUCUCUGUUUUGUGACGUUAAACCCAAGAAAACAAUUUUUUCUAGUGUCUGUGAGGGGUUUUCUAGCGGAGGCGACGGCAUCUUUUUAACAGUUGUUUUUGUCAGACUUGUUUUUAUUUAUCUGUGUGAAAAUGACGUGAACACACGAAAUGUUGUUGAAGGGGAUGUUUGUUUGUCCUCCAGCUGCUUCCCAUGAUGCUGUGCGGUUUUAUUUGGCUGGCGACCUUAGAUUUAUUGUUUUGCUUUCCAAGCUGGAAAUCUGAAAAAUUGCACUCCAUUAGUGAUUAGUUUAACACGCUGGUCAUGAGAAAACGUUAUGGCAGUUAAUAAUGCAGCAUCUCUGGUUUUAAACUGGAAAAACUGAAUAACUACAUGAACUCAGUCGCACUUUUCCCUCCUUGGUCUCUUUUCUUUCUUCUUUGAGGUUUACUCGUGGUUGGCAAACAACAUUUUGGAACAUCACCGCAACCAACCGGUACAGUACUCACUCGUUAUAAUCGUGUCUGUUUCUCAAAGUCCUAAAAUGCUUUGCGCUGAUCCAUAUCACUGACGUCACGAUCCUCUUCUCUAUAGCACCUCUCUAGACUUUCGAUCACUCAAAGCAUUUCUGAUCCUUUGAAAUCUGAGCAACAUUGGUUUGAUUUUAUUUUCAAAAACAUUGGAAGAAGGCAGUUAUCAAUAUGAAA